ACACCCUAUUUUUCUUUCCAGAUUUGGAAUCAGCAUUAAAUUUCAAUUCGGAAAAUCGAAGUUUUAAGAAAAGUUUAAAUCAAUUUCCAAAAGUAGGCAGUCACCUUCAGACUGUGUUCAUUGCUACGCCCUGAUCGAGACAACAGUCGCCACAAGGAAAUCGGGUAUUACACUACUGUCAAUCAAAGUAUGUUAAGGAACUCUAUAGAUCUUAUUAGAACGUCUCAUCAGUUAUUCAUUAUCCAACUGAGCUCACUUUUUCCAAGGGAGAAGGCUUCAAAACGAAUUCUUUUCUUUGAACUAGUUUUCAAAACCGGUUUUUUACUGUACAAAAUAACCUACAAUACGAAUAUCGUUGGGUAUUUGUACUCGCCCCAGGCUUUCUACGCCUUGAUCGUGGAUCCACACUACUUUGACAAUGUGAUGACGCACUGAAUUUAUCGUCAAUAAGAGGACAUAUACAUGAAGAAACCUGAUGUCACUUUGUAAAUUGUUUUCAAAAUUACAAUAACGACAAUUUUUAAUGUAAAUCCUGAAGAUGACCACGAAUAUCGAAAUCUGCAGUAAGUCGUAAUUAAACUCUUGGUUUGCUGAAACAAAUCAUUCAUACAACUGUUUCUUUGUAGGUAUGCCUGUCGAUAUCGAAAAGAUUGAGAUCAAAGGCCACCCUACGGAUCCCAGUAAAUGGGUAGAAAGCUUUUCCUUGAAAUACUUGAACGAUUCUGGAUCUCUAGUACAUUAUCACCACCAAUGUAAUUUUCACUCCACCCAAAAUGGUUCUUCUCAUUAUUUAUUCAUCAAUCAAACCAAAGGAGUACGAGUCUUCUCCAAUAGUCUUGCGAAUAGAACAUGCAUGCAACUUGCCAUCUACGGAAAGCGUACAGAUUCACYACCAAUUAAAGUUGUCGUUGUGCCAGAAGCGGACCCUACCAGUAAAUACCAAAAAUUGGAUAGUAUUUCGAAUAAAGAGUUUUAUAAAGGGUAUAUGCUUUGGGCUAUUUUCGUUGCUUUGCUUAUAUUUUUGGUCAUCUUCACGCUCAUCUUCUUAUUUUGUUGGUGUUGCCGGCGAGAUUAUCCGUUGAAGUCUGCAAUGGAAAARUMCARAGAAGCAAACYCUGACUACGUUYCCGCAUGKAGACGYAUCGAUGCUAUAGCAGAGAAAGGAUAUUGUGCAACUCAAGAGGCUCAAGAAGUGAAGAUUGCAUUCACCGAUGAGUAUAUYCCACCAGGAUUGCAGAAGGAAAAACAAGACGCAACUGAUGAAAAAUUCUACAAGCAUAAAAUAUUUUCGUUCAGUGGUUGUCAACCUGCAAACGUUUACAUGGCCCAUCAGGAUCACCCCGAAGCCGCACAGGAAAAUGGAGCCACUAGCAAAUAAUUCAAACAAUCCAAAACCCUACAUCUCCUUAGAAGAUGUAAACAUGUGUGUCUAUAUAUACGAAUUUGUACUUAAUGCCGUCUAUUUCGACCUUAACCCAAUCACAUUUAGUAGAUAGAGAUAGAAAUUAAUAACAAUUAAGAGAAUUAAUUAAUUAAUAGAAACAAUUUAUAUAAUAACAACUGAAUGAUUUGUAAUUAGACGAAGAAAGUCUACAGAAACUUGCUUGUCAAGGGUCAUAUUUUAAAACAAAAUYAGCCAAAACACACCUUUGGCAUUAACUUUCAAGAUUUGAUGACUCACAUCAUGAAAUAAAGAAUUAAGAUUUUUAUGGUCAUGUUGCAAAGAAAACUUUGCAAGUUAAUUUCGAAGAUUUUCAAUACCAUCUUUUUCAAAACCAUUUAUAAUCACGUUACAUACUUUAAUACGCGUUAAUAAACUAAAACUCACCAUUAAUUUCAAAAAAGGAAUCAAAGAAUCAAAGAAAAUGAAUGAAAGUAUGGCUAUCAUUGCCAUGCCUGUACGAAUACCCCUUCUUCAAAUUUGAAACCAAAGGAUGUGUGAAAUGAGACAAAUUGCUCUUCACAAAUCCGAAAUCCUGGAUCUAGUGCAUUUUCUGUGCAAAACAAUUUCCUAAGCUCGUCCGUUUUCAAUUUGUUACCUUUCGACUGCACAUGCAUAAGGUUGGACAACCAAUUUCAGUUACAGUGCACCUAAAAAUAUUUCAAGAAUGUUUUAAAAUCAGCCAAUCAGAAGUGUUAUUGUUAUUUUUCCGUUAUCUUGUGGUUGGAAAGUUCUAGGUGCCCACGGUUUUUCGAUUUGCACUGUAAGUGAUAAGAAUUGUAAUUAAUAAGCUUUUGUGUAAAAAGUACAUCAUUUGAAUAUUCCUGUCUGUACUCGACCAGAGAUAGUUUUUCUUUCCCCCAUUGAUAAAUAUAAAAUUAAUGUAUUGAACAUACUGCAGGUAUAGGCAUUUUUCCAUAGUGUAAUAUUGUAGUACAUGGCAAUAAUAAAAUGUUGUACCAUCA